CCUCGUUAAAAUGGCUACAAUGUAACCCUCUUUUUCCGCCUUGGAUGCUGGUGGAGUCGCGGCUGAUCUCUCUCCCCCCCUCCCCGACCCCAGGACUUUUUUUUUUUUUAAACCUCCCCUCCCUCCCUCCCUCCCCCUUUUUCAAUAGAUAAUCAUUCUUCUGGGAAAGCAGCAACGUCUGAGCGAGACCCGGCCAGCACUCCCUGCCGACUGGAGAAAUGGAGAAGCCGCCCUCAAUGCUGCCUGCCCUAACUGCUGUUCCCCUGCCCAGCCACGAGCUCAGAGAUUCACCCCCUCACCUCCAAAGCUUGGCUGAGAAGGAGGAAGUGCCAUCGGUGACAUCUCCCGCAUCUUCAUCGGAGGGUUCUAACAAUCCAGGGCUUUUGGGCAGCCAGACACAGCCAGCGUGGAGUGGGGGUAGCAGUACUCGAAACCAGGAUCUGCAGCUCCCAAAGCGCAGGCCUACCGCAGGGAAACGGUACCAGUGUUCAGGGGACGGCUGCCGGCUGGCCUGCCGCAGCAUGAAGGAACUUCUUAACCACAUGCAGGUCCACUAUCGGCCCACGGAGUCCCUUGAGGGAAAGACAUUCCGCUGUUCCACUUCGGGUUGCUUGGAAUCAUUCCCCAACAUGCAAGACCUGAUGGGCCACAUGAAAGUGCAUUACAAGCCCAACCGCUACUUCAAGUGUGAGAACUGCAUGUCACGUUUCCGAACACAUCGCUCCCUUUUCAAGCACUUGCACAGCUGUUCUGAUGCCAACACCGCCGCUUCCCCAGCCCUAACUUCGGAGAAACCCAUCUUUCCACCUAGCUCUGGCCUGGAAAAAGAGCCCCCGGGGAAAUUGCUGGAGGAGCUUCCAAAACUCCAGAGCUUCAUACAGCACUUCAAAAAAGAAGCUCUUCUCCCUGGCACAAUGGACACUCCUCUGGCCCCUGACUCGCUUCCGGCUGGACUCCCUGGCCCCUUAGAAUCUGGGCCAUUGCCAACAUCUACGUAUCCUCUGCUGGAGCAAUCCCUGUUUGGACCACCCUCCCUGACAAAAUUCUCUGGGCCACCUCACCCUUCAGUUUCAGGGUCCUUCUUGCCCUAUAUGCACCCCACGUCCUAUGCUUUACCUCAAGCUGCAGUGCAGAACCGGCUCAGGCCUUUUUUGCCAGCAGGCCAAGGCCUCCCUGUCUCCAAUGCUGUGUGGAAGAAAAGCCAAGGACACUCCUCCAACAGCCGCAUUGUAUGGGAACACACCCGAGGUCGUUAUAAUUGCUUACAGUGCCCAUAUUCCACAGCCUCUCGGGAGGAGAUGACCCAGCACACUGAAGACCAUCGUAAAAAUCCCUCUCCAACCAGUCGCUUGGACGGGGAAAUGGAUUUUGGUGUUCCUCUUCCUGCAUUCCACCCGAAGUUGACACCAGAAGUGGAGAACUCUCUCUUUUCCCCGCUGUGAAGUUUCCAUUGGGCUGAUUAAGCUGACUUUAUUAUUUCCCCCCGAAAAACAGCAUCUGUGUGGAGAUAUUUUUUUUUUAAUGUGUGCAUUCCCCCCCACAAAGGAGGCGUCUGGGGACAGCCGUGUGUCGAAUUUAGGCCAGAAUUCAUCUGCAUUCUAGCUUGUCCAGAAUGAGCAAGAGCAUAGAUGCAUUCAGCGUACUCCUGUUUGUUUCUAGUUAUUCACUUUGGCAGAAAAAGCCAAACAUCUUUACCCCGCCAGUCUGUUUUGUUGAGCAUUGCAUCUGAAUCUAGUCCUUGGCUUAUUUCUCAAAAUAACCAGCUACUGAUAUAAGCCAGUGUCCCAUUCUUGGCUUAAAUCAUGUCUGUCAGUUGAAGAAUGUCAGGGAUUCUGACUACACCGUUCACUUUUCCAUUCUUUAUAAACCAGGUUUGAAAGACUUUUGUCUUAUGUGUGCUCAGUUCCCCUCCCACCUACUUCCUCCCAAUGCCUCCUUUCAGUUCAAACAAAUGUGUUGACAACUGAGUACCAUUUAAAAGGAAAGGGAGUGGAAAUUGAUUAGCAUUUGAAAGGGUAAUUAAUUUAAUCACCUUUCCUUGCAUUUCCUUACUUUUUUUCUAUUUAAAAUCUACCUUUCUCCUG